AUGUUUAAGAUUGUGGGGAAAAUAGGCAAACCGAUGAUGGUGGACAAAGCUACAAAUCUUAGAGAAAAGCUAUCCUUCCCAAGAGUUAUGAUAAAGAUGAAUAUGAAGCAACAUCUUCCAGAUGAGGUGCGGUUUGAAGAUGAGCUAGAUCGGGAGAUACAGGAUCUCAGUGAGUUAGCCACCAAGUUCCCUUAUGUUGUUGUGGGAGACUUCAAUGAUAUCCUGGCCAAAGAAAAAAGAAUAGGGAAGAAGGUUAAAUACAUCAGCUAUAUUUCCUUUCAGAAGUGUGUUAAUGAUUGUAGCCUGGAAGACAUUAAGUACACUGGCAAUUUUCAUACUCUGAAUAAUAAACAAAAGGGGGAUGAUAGGAUUUACUCCAAAAAUGACAAAACUAUGGCUAAUCAAGAAUGGAUAACAAAGAGCUUUGCUGAUGAUGUUUUGAUUUUCUAUCAUGGUGAUUUUGUCUCAAUCCACUACCUCUUACAAGGUCUUAAGCUUUUCUCUAAGACAUCAAGGUUGCACCCUAGUGAAUCCAAAACAGAAAUAUACUAUUGUGACAUGGAUGAUAGGGAAACUCAAAGAGUUAUAGAUGUUUCAGAGUAUAAAGCCCCUCCUCAUAGAAGUUGGUAUUGGAAGAAGUUGGUAGAGGUUAAAGAUCAAAUUAAAAGCCUCACAAGCAUUCAAACCUUCUUUGCUGAAAAGUAUAAAAUCAAAAAUGGCUGCAAGAUUCUCAAUGGAGACAUAGAGAAACUAGGGUGGACUAAAGUAGUUUGGGCUAAGAGCAAUAUCCCAAAGCAUAGCUUUGAAGAAACUAUAAAUCAUAUUUUGUUUGAUUGUAAAUACAUCAAUAUAUGUCUGGACUUGGUGAAACAUUGGCUUGGACGGAACAUUGAGAAUAAAAAUCUGAAGUUGACUCUCAGAUGGAUUAGCAGAGAAAAGCUGAGCAGGUUCAAGACUAGUGUUUAUGCUACUGUCCUAGAAGCAUUGUUCUACAAUAUCUGGAGAAACAUGGAUAAUGCUCUUUGGAAUCAAAAAGUGGAUAGGCCUGAGGUGAUGGUGCAAAAGAUUAAAGACAAUAUCAACCAGAGCUAA